AUGAGGCCUCAAGAUGUUCCAGAAGACCACAUCAAGCUAAAGACUUUUUCAUUCUCCUUGGAUGGUGCAGUGAAAGAUUGGCUAUAUUACCUUCAGUCAAGGUCUGUCACUUGCUGGAUAAACAUGAAGUGGAUAUUCCUGGAAAAGUUCUUCCCUACUUCCAGAGCAACCAUAAUCAGAAAAGAGAUUAGUGGCAUCAGACAGUUUAGCCAAGAAAGCCUCUAUGAGUACAGGGAGAGAUUCAAGAAGCUAUGCAUAACAUGUCCACAUCAUCAGAUCAGUGACCAGCUGCUUAUUCAGUACUUCUAUGAAGGCCUUGCUUCCAUGGAGAGGAGUAUGCUUGAUGAAAUAAGCGGUGGAGCUCUCAUGGACAAGACACCAUCUGCAACUAGAGCACUAAUUGACAACAUGGCAAAGAACUCCCAGCAGUUUAAUACAAGAACCAUGGCACCAAUGAGAGAGGUGCAUAAUGUGCAUCAGCCGAACCAUAUGGCAGCAAAUUCUAAUAAACUUGAGACCAGAAUUGAGGAGCUCACUACUUUUGUGAGACAAUUAGUUGUUGCACAACAAACUGUUACACAAAGAAGGGUGACUAGAGAUUGUCCUAUUUGUUCCUCCACAGAGCACACCUCAGAUUGUUGUCUUUUGUUGCGUGAUAGUAGCCAACAAGCUUCUGUCCAUGAAAUUUUUAGAGGAAGACAAGACCAAUACAGAGCUUCAAAUUUCCAACAACAACAGUAUAAGUUCCAGUACCAAUCUCAUAAUCUUACCUUCAAUAAUCAUUCAAAUAUGAGAUAUGGUACCUUUAAGCAGCAACAGCAAUAG